GAGACGCUUCUGAGUCGGCGCAGUGCUACACACGUUCACAUUGCAAUGGCAGGCGGAGAGUGAAACACGACACAUUGCAAUACUCUUUUACCCGAAACACAUUAAGGCUCUCAGACGACAUUAAGCAAAAUGUCUCGGCACAGAAAUGUCCGAGGGUACAACUACGACGAAGACUUAGACGAUGAUGACGUGUAUGGACAGUCUGUUGACGAUGACUACUGCAUUUCACCAGCAACAGCGGCACAGUUCAUCUACUCCCGGCAGGAGAGGCAAACACCCAAUGUGGAGCCUGUGGAGGAAGGGUUUGAAGAGGAAGAGGAGGUCCCCAUGUCCCCUACUGUCAGUCCCAGCCUCGACCCUCUUGAACAAGCCAAGCUUUUCUCCUGUCUGGACCAAAUGCGGGCUGUGCUUGGAGACACUGUCCCCGAUUCGGUUCUGACCCGGACCGCCCUGCGGUUCGGCUUCGACCCUCAGAAGUCCCUUGACGCGGUGCUGUCAGGAGAUAGCACUUCUUCUAAAACCACCAAUCACAGAACGGUACCAGAGGCACCAGCCCAGGAGGAGAAGACCCCGGCAACACAAAGAACCAAUCCAGAGGGUUUGGCGGCACCAAGACCAGAGAAAGGAGCUUGCUUUUAUUCAGCCGAAACAUCCACAACCGAGCCCACCAUGAACCCCACCGCACAAACAAAGCCAUGCAUGAAAGCCGGGACACUUCAUUUAUGUGACCUCCAAGCCCAGUCUAAAUUCGCUCCGGUGGUUCGCAGCUUUGAAAGGCAGACCCUUUCCAAGCAAGGCGAUGGGUCAAGUACUUGCGGUGGUGCCAGUCUGGCCCAGCUCAUGUCUGAACACGAGCAGAAGGGUCAGCCGUUGGGAAUGGGUUACCCGAGGCAGAGUUCGGGCCCGUCUUCAUUAGGUGCUCUCCUAGGCGGAGCUCCAUGCUCGGUGCCCCAGGCUGGUCUCUCAUUGGCGUCGCUUCAGAUGCCUUCACUGUGUCAAAGCUCGGGCAAACCCGCCCCUCCUCCCCCCUCACACCUUACAGCCUCAUUGGGCAGUUUGACCUUAGGUUAUUCUGAAGUUUUGAGUGCAAGUGUUGCUCAGAGUGGUCCUCCCCCUGGCUUUGGCAAUCUCAGCUCCGUCCUGCAGAGUAGCCGGUCAAUGGAAAUUGGAUCUCAAAGCAGAGUGCAGCAUCCUAAAGGAAGCCCCUCAUUGGCUGAUCUCAUCCAGGAACACUCACACCAAAGCCCAUCCUUGUACAGCUCCCUUUCCGGUGCUCAUAGCACUGUUGCUUCUGCAUUGCCACUGGGUAUAGUGGAAGCACAACCGAUGCUAUCACUAUCUCAGCUUGCCUCCUUGCACCAAAACAAGGACAUUUGCUCAAUGUCAAAAGAGGGCAAGCCCAGUCUUACCCUGUGUAACUCAAUAAACGCUGGUUCCCUAGGUGUAGGCGGGCUGCCUUCACUGUCGGCCCUAGGUUUGAGACAGGUACCCAAUCCAGCCCCGUCUCUGUUUUCAUUGGCUGAGACUGAAUCAACAGUGAAAACACCUCAUCAGCAGUCAGAAUCCCAGACACUCUCUCUGUUCCAGUUAGCUGCUCAACACAGAGUCACCAGCUCAGCCAGCUCCUACCCUUCAGAAUACUCCCUCCAUUCGCUGCUCAAAUCAAAGGAAACGUGUGAGGAAGACGUCGGGUUACCUGGAGGACUGAGGGAAACUAGGGCAACCCAACGUAAACCCUACACCAUGCAACUCAAACCAAGCAAAAACACUCCUGAGUCAGGUCAGACGAUUGACCUGAGCGCUCUCAUCGCGCAGUCGCGCGGCAUGGGUGCUCGUCACCAGGGCCACUCGCCCUUGCCUUUUUCCAAUGCAUUAGAGUUGAAGCCGUCGGUUUUCGCGAGACCUUCUGUAUUUGCCGUGAGUCUUUCCGUCAGAACUGCCGGCUGGAGGAGGGGCAAGCAAAGGCUGGGGAGAGUCAGCCAGCGGAAAGAUAACUACUACCAGGCUCUCCUGUGCAGCUCACACUCAGAGCCGGCCCCGGCCGAAGACCAUGAGGACCAACUGUCCCCAAUCGAGCCCUUCGGUUUUGACACCCCCUCCCCCGAUGACCUUGUCAGAGCCAAUCAGAAGAAGGCUUUUACCAGGUAGAUUUAGCAUGAAUGGAGUAAAUGAACUGAAGUAUAUGCUACUUCCGGCCUCGCCCGAACAUGUGAAUCAAGGCAAUCCAAUAAGUUUCAAACAUACAUUUCAAAUCCCUUUUGGCAGCUUGGAAAUCUUCAGCACUGAGUGACUUACAAAUAAUAAUUCCAAGAAUUUGUACCAAAUUUUAUUGUUUACUUUGUAUUACACAGCAUUCAUGGAUUAACUUUUUUUGUUACAUGCUUUUUUAACUGAGGUCUAUUUUUGUAUUUGUAAACGGUUGUUAAAUUUUAUCGAGAAUUUUACAUUUUUAAGUUUAAGUUCCUUAAACUGCAUCGGUUUUUUUAAGUUGUAGUUCAAUGAAGCGGCUGUGUGCAUCUCCUUCCAAAAGGGGUUGAUUUAUUCGCAGGUGUGAACCAGCUUUUGGAAUAUGGAUCAGUUAACCAAUGUUCUGGUUUUUACUUUUUCUGGUUCAUGGGGAGACAUUGUGGUGCAAAGAACACCUGUAGAAUUUCUCAUAUGCAGCACAUACAAAAAACUCAGUAUUAAGCAGAUGGGUAAUGCAAGUUUUACAUUUUACCAUUAUCAUUUUAAACAUUUUCUGUAUUAAUCACUAAUAAAAAUGUAACCUUGAAUGUAUGAAACAUAAUUUUUUUAAGAGCUAUGUUGAGGUGGGGAGUGGUUGGAUGAAGAGUGCAGGAAGUGCUUGUUUUUUUUCAAUUUCAAAGAUGACAUCAUUUAUAGAACCUACAAAUUCUGGCUGUGUGGAUCGUUGUGUAGGUUGCGAAAGAGCGAGUUUGUAAUUUUAUAAACAUGCACUGGAUUCCUCUUUUUGUAGUCUUUGUGUAUUUAGAAUACUAAUUACUUACUACUAAUACUAAUCACCUUUAGAGGGAACUGUUAAUUCAGGAUUUCCGACAAUAGGGUUCCAGACCAGCUUCGGUCUCUGAACUGCCGCACAUCAACGGUGAAACGUACCCUUAGUGUUAUCAUGUGAGCUCUAUACACAUAGAAAGUGGAUGCUGAAGCCUGCGCUUGGCUGUUGUCUGAUCGUCUUAAUUGUUUAUUUUCCUCUUAUAUUGCGUAUGCCAAAACCAAAGUAUCACUUGCCUUAAUGUGUGCAUGCCAAUGGAGCGGCAAGGUGUGUGUGUGUGUGUAGACUUCGCACCUUUUGCAGAAAGGUGAUGAGCAUGGACCCUGAGUGUGAUCAUCCUUUUGGCGAGGAAUGAGGAUAAUACUAUACUCACAGUCGGGUUGAGGAGACGGCAAGCCUGGAGAGUAACGAUCCGUCUGUUCUUUCAGACAGCGUCUCAUGAUGUUUUGAAAUGGAUUACAAAACUGUGUGCUCAAUGGCGGCAUGUUGUCGUGGGAUCUUGUCGACAUGUUUUACAACAAUAUAUGACCAGUUUUUACUGUUGAAAAGGUAAGGUGUGUGUGUGUGUGUGUGUGUGUGUGUGUGUGUGUGUGUGUGUGUGUGUGUGUGUGUGUGUGUGUGUGUGUGUGUGUGUGUGUGUGUGUGUGUGUGUGUGUGUGUGUGUGUGUGUGUGUGUGUGUGUGUGUGUCCAGUCACCACCGUGGCCUGCUCUUUGCAGCUGAGUGACUGCGUGGGUUUGUGCAGGAAGUCUGAAUUAUGGGGAAAAAUGUAACGCGGUACACAUUGUUUUGUUCAACAGCCAAUUACUUUUCACUCUUGUACGGCUGACACCACCUACGUAGGAAAGAUAUCGUCAUGGCUGUCAGCUUGUGAAGAUCAAAUCAUUUUGUUUUCUGCACGGUAUCUUCUUUGCAAGGCAUCCUUUUUGUGUGUUCUGGGGCAGACAUUGGAAAAACUCACUUUGCUUCUACUCAGAGGCUGGCCAGAGAAGGUUUUGGAGUUGCACAAUACUGAUUAUUUGUUGUGCUCUGGUACCUUCCACUGAAGUCAAAAGCCAGGAGGGAAAUGUAUCUCUGAAAUAUUUUUUUAAACUACAUACAAUGAAAAUAUAAAUAUCUUUCAAUUUGUUAAAAAAAAAAAGGCUAUAGGUUCAUUGAG